AACGCAGCGGCGGCUGGAGCGCCAGGCUGCCCUGCCUUGGACAACUGUCACGCUGGCACCACUCAGUCCCUCUGAUUGGGUACUCCCAGUGACUGAUUAAAAAUGCUGAUGCCGUUUCUGCGCUCCUUUCCACUCGGAGGAGAAAUCUCUUUUCCCCACCCCCAAGCCCACCUCUAAGUAAUGGUGAGAAGAUGAAGAUGAAAACAGUGCGGUGUGAGUGACUGGAAAUACAGCAGUCUGGUUUAGCUGCAGUGUUAUGUAGGAGUCGUCUCUCAGACUUCUUACCUUUUGGGUUUUUCAGCACAAACUGCUUGCAGGUUUUGGAAGGCUGUGAAAGGACUUUAACCCUUUGUGUGUUAGUGGUUUCCUGUGUACCAUCAUCAUGUUACCUUGCUUUUCCCUGGACAGCUGUGUUCAGAACUUCAUGUGGAAAUCUUUCUGUUGAAGAGAGAUAAAAAGGAUCCUUAAUCUGAUUCUCUUUGGAUCUUUCUAUUUUUAUGGUAUAAGUUGGUCUAUUCAUGGGGCUGAAAAGCGUGAGCGAAUCUGUCAGAGGAGAACUGCAGCAAGCUACCCAGUGUCACAGCAUCCGCCCGUGGACGGGCAUCCACCACUCCCACAAGCCAGAAGGUCAAUAAAAAUGGAAGCCUCCUCUUCUGGAUCCAGUAUUUCUGGAGUUGCUGGUGGAAAAACAAAAACCCACCAGCCAGAAGGAAGAGAGGAUUUGCAGGUUAACCGCCUGGAAACACAAAUAUGGAUAAAGCCAGACAGACAGAAGACAGAUGUGGACUUUUCAGAAAUUCUUAAUGCAAUACAAGAAAUAGCUAAGGAUGUCAACAUUUUUUUUGAUGAGCUAGAAGGUGUGAACAGCCCUUCCAAAGAUGAUGACUCCCUGCUUCACCACGGUAACUUGACCAGUACUUCUGAUGAUGCCAGCAGGUUGGAAGUUGUGGGAGAGGAAGUACCUGAUAAGAACAAAACCAAUGGACUAUAUUUUAGAGAUGGCAAAUGUCGGAUUGACUACAUCCUGGUGUACAGAAAAUCCAAUCCACAGACAGAAAAGAGGGAAGUGUUUGAGAGGAAUAUCAGAGCAGAAGGACUUCAAAUGGAAAAAGAGUCAUCUCUAACAAACAGUGAUAUCAUCUUUGUGAAGUUGCAUGCCCCUUGGGAGGUCCUGGGCAAAUAUGCUGAACUAAUGAAUGUAAGAAUGCCUUUCAGGCCCUUUAACCCCUUCAAUGCUGGAGCCCCCUGCAUACUUGUGCGCUGCUGUUUUUUAAAUGGACAGUUCAUUGAAAUCAAUGGGAGGUCAAGAAGAUCCAGGAGAAAAAUCUAUUACCUGCACCGCCGAUACAAGUUCAUGAAUAGGAUCGAGAAACAAAUAAGCAGGUUUCGAGGAUGGUUGCCUAGAAAGCCAAUGAAACUGGACAAGGAGACACUGCCAGAUCUGGAGGAGAAUGACUGCUAUACUGCUCCAUUCAGCCAACAAAGAAUCCAUCACUUCAUCAUACACAACAAAGAUACUUUCUUCAAUAAUGCCACAAGAAGUAGAAUUGUCCACCAUAUCUUACAGCGAGUGAAGUAUGAGGAGGGCAAGAACAAAAUUGGUCUGAAUCGAUUGCUCAGUAAUGGCUCCUAUGAAGCUGCAUUCCCUCUUCAUGAGGGAAGUUACAGAAGUAAGAAUUCAAUUAAAACCCACGGGGCAGAAAACCACAGACACCUGCUCUACGAGUGCUGGGCUUCCUGGGGAGUGUGGUAUAAGUACCAGCCACUGGAUCUUGUGAGGCGGUACUUUGGCGAGAAAAUUGGGCUGUACUUUGCCUGGUUAGGCUGGUACACAGGGAUGCUCUUCCCAGCUGCCUUCAUUGGAUUGUUUGUCUUUUUGUAUGGAGUCACCACUCUGAAUCACUGCCAAGUCAGUAAAGAAGUCUGCCAAGCUACAGAUAUCAUCAUGUGUCCUAUAUGUGAUAAAUACUGUCCCUUCAUGAGGUUGUCAGACAGCUGUGUUUAUGCCAAGGUAACCCACCUUUUUGACAAUGGAGCUACUGUCUUUUUUGCUGUUUUCAUGGCAGUGUGGGCAACUGUUUUUCUGGAGUUUUGGAAAAGAAGGCGAGCAGUGAUUGCUUAUGACUGGGACUUGAUAGACUGGGAGGAAGAGGAGGAGGAAAUACGUCCGCAGUUUGAAGCCAAGUACUCCAAGAAAGAAAGAAUGAACCCCAUAUCUGGGAAGCCAGAGCCUUAUCAAGCAUUUGCAGAUAAAUGCAGCAGACUCAUUGUUUCUGCAUCUGGAAUAUUUUUUAUGAUCUGUGUGGUGAUUGCUGCUGUUUUUGGCAUCGUUAUUUACCGUGUUGUGACUGUCAGCACUUUUGCUGCCUUUAAGUGGGCUUUAAUCAGGAAUAACUCUCAGGUUGCAACUACAGGAACUGCAGUCUGCAUCAACUUUUGCAUCAUCAUGCUACUGAAUGUGCUGUAUGAAAAGGUUGCUCUUUUCCUGACAAAUUUAGAGCAGCCUCGUACUGAAUCCGAGUGGGAGAACAGCUUCACCCUGAAAAUGUUUCUCUUCCAGUUUGUCAAUCUGAACAGCUCUACCUUUUAUAUAGCAUUCUUCCUUGGAAGAUUUACAGGACACCCUGGUGCCUACUUAAGGCUGAUAAACCGGUGGAGACUGGAAGAGUGCCACCCUAGUGGAUGCCUUAUUGAUCUCUGUAUGCAGAUGGGUAUUAUCAUGGUGUUAAAGCAGACCUGGAAUAAUUUCAUGGAACUGGGCUACCCGCUAAUUCAAAACUGGUGGACUAGGAGGAGACUACGACAAGAGUACGGCACACAGAGUAAAGCAAGCUUCCCACAGUGGGAAAAGGACUACAACCUGCAACCCAUGAAUGCUUAUGGACUCUUUGAUGAAUACCUAGAGAUGAUUCUCCAGUUUGGAUUCACAACCAUUUUUGUGGCAGCUUUUCCACUGGCACCACUUCUGGCCUUACUUAACAAUAUCAUUGAAAUUCGGCUUGAUGCAUACAAAUUUGUCACCCAGUGGAGAAGACCUUUAGCUUCAAGAGCCAAAGACAUAGGAAUCUGGUAUGGGAUCCUGGAAGGCAUUGGAAUUCUUUCUGUUAUCACAAAUGCGUUUGUCAUAGCUGUGACGUCAGAUUUCAUCCCUCGCCUUGUUUACGCUUACAAAUAUGGACCUUGUGCUGGCCAAGGAGAAGCUGGACAAAAGUGUAUGGUUGGCUAUGUGAAUGCCAGUUUGUCAGUGUUCCUGGUGUCUGACUUUGAAAACCGUUCGGAGCCCACAUCCAAUGGAAGUGAAUUCUCUGGAUCCCCAUUAAAAUAUUGCAGGUACAGGGACUACCGAGACCCUCCCCACUCCCCAGUGCCCUACGGUUACACGCUGCAGUUCUGGCACGUCUUAGCAGCACGGCUGGCAUUCAUUAUUGUAUUUGAGCACCUUGUCUUUUGCAUAAAGCACCUGAUAUCCUACUUAAUCCCAGAUCUCCCAAAGGAUCUGAGGGAUCGGAUGAGGAGAGAGAAGUAUCUGAUUCAGGAGAUGAUGUAUGAAGCCGAACUGGAGCGGCUGCAGAAAGAGCGAAAGGAAAGGAAGAGGAAUGGGAAAUCUUACCACAAUGAGUGGCCAUGAUGGGGUGAGGCAGAAGAUGGGAAUUCUCUUGAUCAAACAUUUUCUGGUUUUCCACAGCUGAGGUUGCAGUGUGAGGAAGAGUGGGUCCACGCUGUGUGCCCUUGGCACACGCCCGCCCGCGUUUGCCAGGGUGCCUAUUGUCCUAAGUCUUUUGAAACCACAAGUCUUGCAAGGCUUAGUGUUCUCCAGAGCUGUCAGCAUGAGCAGACCAGAGCAAUGCUUAACUCUCUGCACUCUUUCCAGGAAGCUCCCAGACCCUGACUUAAAUUGAAGGCCCUGAACCUAAAAGCAAGUCAUAUAUUUUACAGUGCUUUCCCGAACUCAGUGGUCUGAUGGCUCAUCCUCAUGACCCAGCUGCUACUUCACAACCGGUGACUGUGUGCUGGCAACGUGGCAGCACUUGCCCAUGUGUGUGGCCACCACUUGCAGCAUGGCAACAUUGCCCUCUUCCAUAGUGGACUAAGCUGAGCUCACUUGCAUUUACCACAAGUUAAGGUUGCAUAUGUGGAACAUUUCCAUCACUCCAGCAACACUGAAGUAUUGUUUAGGGGGAGAUGCUUGAGUCUAAUCAACUGGUCUAACAAUGCUGAAAAACCUAGGUAUGCAGAAGUGCUGACAGACAGACAAGCAUUUAAAUGUAGAGUCAUUUCUUUGGAAAUGAUGCUGUGAAGUGCUGGUUGUAUGUUUGAAAGAUUUGAACAGUGCCUUUUCAGCUACAGGACUAUCUGAUCUCUGAAGGAAACAAAUCAGGCUGGAGCAUCUUGCCAGGAACUGCCCAUGGAUUAGUAUUGCAAGAUCACACGGAGGCCUCAAGAGGAAUUAGGGUGUCCAAUACAUGUAAGAGAAGACAGGCUGUGUCUGAAAGACCUAUCUGUACAAAUGAAAUAAAUAAAAACCCAAAAAACAGCAGAUGAACAAAGUCAGCAGAACAAAAGAACACAACUGUCCAGCAGCUUUAAUUUUCUGUAUUUAGCCUUCCAUUAUCUGUGAAGGGGUAAAGGGGAAGGAAACCAUCAGACUGUGGCAUGAAAUAACUUUAAAUCCUUUAUGCAAAGCAAUUUUCCACAGGCUGCAGAAUUAGAUUUGUCUGAAUGGGCCACUCUCUGUAUCCUUUUGCAAAUUCAUGAACCCAAAGCAGUGGAGCUAUAGGUCUAAAGACUGCAGAAGUGUUAAUGGGAGCGACAUGA